UUCAAUGACUGCAGUUAUUCUGGAACGGAAUCAAGAUGCAACAAUUUAUGUUGGCGGUCUAGAUGAAAAAGUAACAGAAGCAAUUCUUUGGGAAUUAUUUGUCAAUUCGGGGCCAGUUACAAGCGUAAAUAUGCCAAAAGACAGAAUUACUGGAACACAUCAAGGAUUUGGUUUUAUUGAAUUUAUGAGUGAGGAGGAUGCCGAUUAUGCUAUUAAAAUUAUGAAUAUGAUUAAAUUGUUUGGGAAGCCGAUUAAAGUUAAUAAAGCUUCUGCAAACGAAAAACAAAUGGAUGUUGGUGCUAAUUUGUUUGUUGGUAAUUUAGCUGCUGAAGUUGACGAAAAAUUGUUGUUCGAUACUUUUAGCGCUUUUGGUGUUAUUUUACAGCCGCCCAAAAUUAUGCGUGAUGUUGAAUCUGGAUCUAGCAAAGGAUUUGCUUUUAUUAAUUUUGCGUCUUUUGAGGCUUCUGAUGCUGCCUUGGAGGCGAUGAAUGGCCAAUUUCUUUGUAAUCGACCUAUUACAUGCUCUUAUGCUUUCAAAAAGGACACAAAAGGUGAACGACACGGAACUGCUGCAGAGCGUCUAUUGGCAUCACAAAAUCCGUUGUUUCUACAUGACAGACCUCAUCAGAUAUUUUCUGAUGUGCCGGGAUUGAGACCAAUGCCAAUUCCGCCACCAGCACCACCUUCAGUACCGCAAGGAUUGCCACCAAUGCCUCCGGGAAUGAUGCCUCCACCGCCACCGAUGCAUAUAUCACCUGCGGGAAUGGCAAUGGGAUUCAUCCCACACAGCGGAAUUGGACUUCCACCAAUGCCUCCAAUGCAGCACAUUCCUCGUCCACCACCUCCACCUAUGGGAAUGGGUGGUCAACAUAUGUUUCCACCACCGCCGCCUCCGCCAAUGUCUAGACAAAGCAUUCCUCCACCGCCCCCACCCCCAUCACAACCACCAACUCCAAUGUCUACUCCAAAUCCGCCGCCACCUCCGCCGCUUAGUGCACCUCCGCCGCCCCCUCCACCGCCUUCAAAUUAA